AUGUUCGGUCAGAAACAUUCAAGUUUGUCCAUAAAGAACUCGACUAUGAAAGAGGAUGUCGAGAAAGGGGAAUUGUCGACAAAUCAGUACAAUUUGCAAGAUGAUAAAUUGUCAAAACCGUAUUCUCAAAUCAGUACUAUUCGCGUUGCUGGAGUCACAGCUGCGGGUGACAUUGUUUUGUCGAUGGGUUACACUGGAGUCACAUCUACACCGUUUUAUGUUUUCUACUUCAAUCCGGAAAAGAAGACUCUCCAAAGUAUUGAAGUCCAAGGUUUUGGAGAUGUGUUUGGCAGGAACAAUGAUGUUGAAGUCUUCGUAGACCAUGUAGAGGAUCAUAAGUUUAAUAUUACCAAGACAAGAUAUGCUGCAACAUCUAUAAGCCAACCAGAACGGAAGCCUAAACCCACCAGCAUAUCAACAUCACAUGAAGCUCAACUGCAACAAGAUGGUGGUACGUUUGAUGCUUUGUGUCUUUUAGAUGAUCAUUAA